AUGGCCGCUGAUGAAAAUUAUGACCUAAAUGAAAACCCUUUUAAACCAAGACAUUAUUUACCGUCAGAACAAUUUUCCUUUACCGCUGUUGAACGCGAAGAAGUUGAAUCUAUUGUUAUGUCUAUGGCACCAAACAAAGCUCCUGGGAACGAUAAAGUUCCGAUACAUGUAAUCAAAACUUGCUUGACUGUAAUUUCACCUACCAUCACUUCAAUUAUCAAUGCUUCACUGUUAACCUCUAGUUUCCCGAGCGUAUGGAAAAACGCUGAAGUUGUUCCUAUCCACAAGAGUGGUGAUCAUGAGAUCGCAAAUAAUAAUAGACCUAUAUCGUUAUUGCCAGUGCUAUCAAAAAUCUGCGAACGAGCAGCUUAUAAUCAGUUUUCGACCUACCUUCUCUCGAAUGAUCGUUUAUCGUCUAAACAAAGUGGAAACAAGCAUCUACACUCAACAGAAACCUCGGUAAUUCAGACUACAGACAUGAUCUUGAAUGCCAUUGACAAGAAACAGCUAACUGCGAUUGUGUUACUCGACAUGAGCAAAGCAUUUGAUAGCAUAGAUACCACGACUCUGAUUACCAAGUUAGAAGAUGUUGGCGCGUCUUGUCAGGCGAUACAAUGGUUCCAAAGCUACCUAACAUCCAGGUAUCAAGUAGUAAGAAUACAAACAACCUUAUCCGAGCCUCUAGAGGUAAAGAGUGGAGUACCUCAGGGAAGUAUACUUGGGCCACUUCUGUUUAGUAUUUAUGUGAACGAUUUGCCAUCAGUUCCACAACAAUGCUCUCCCUAUUCCUAUGUCGAUGACACAAAACUUUUAAUGUCGUUUUCUCUGCAACACCAACAAAGAGCUGUCUCAGAAAUAAAUCAAGAUCUCUUGAGAAUACGUAAUUGGUGUUUUGAUAACAAGUUACUGUUAAACCCAGAAAAAACUAAGGCCAUGAUAUGCGGUAGUAGACAGAUGAGAGCAAAACUUCCUAAUUUUCGCCUCUCACUUCUCGGUAAAGAAAUCAUUCCUGUAACAAGCGCCAAAGAUCUCGGCGUAAUCUUGGACUCUGGUAUGACGUUCGACAGCCAUGUACAAGCCACUAUCUCCUCAUGUAUGUCUCGUUUAGGUCAAAUAAACCGUGUGAAACAUUGCUUUGACAAACACACAUUAACAAUUAUUAUUAACUCUCUAGUUUUUUCAAAAUUAUAUUAUUGCUCUACAGUCUGGAGCAACACUUCUCAAACAAAUUUAAAUAAGGUACAGGUAGUGCAGAACUUUGCAUGUCGAAUAGUUAGCGGAGUUGGCAAAUACGAUCAUGUCACACCAAUCCUGCAAGAACUAAAGUGGCUUCCUGUUCGACAGUAUUUAUAUUUUCGUGAUGCAGUCAUGGCAUUUAAAUGCAUGACAGGAAACGCACCUGCAUACCUAACUGACCAGUUUGUGAGACGAGGUGACAUUUCAUCUCGCGUUACUAGGAACUCGAGCAUGAUUGAAACUCCUUUACACAGAACAGCAACUGGGCAACGAUCCUUCAAAUUCAGAAUGGCCACAAUUUGGAAUUCCUUAAACCCAGAACUUAGGGCCUGCGAAACAACGAAAGACUUCAAACAUAUUUUAAAACAGAGACUUGUAGAAACAUUUAAAUUGAGGACCAAUCUUAAGACAUUUUGAUGUAAAUAGCAUAUAUAUUUGUGUAGUAAUACCAAGUGUGUGUGUGUGUGUGUGUGUGUUGUGUGACUGUGUGUUGUUAUGUGUGUGUCUCUAUUAUUAUGGUGUAUAAAAAUUUAGAUCAAUUAUGUAAAAUUUCGCUGAAAAGCCUUUUAAGGGAUGUGAAAUUAAAAUACAAUAACAAUAGACCUGUUGUAAUUGAAAUAAAAGAUUCGCCGGUAAAGAAAAGGUAUUACCAAUUCUUGCAAUUCCAUUUGAGCUUCUAUACAGUCGUUAGUAACUUUGCAGGGAAUGCAUCCUCUGCCUUACUUUUAUAUUUCAUAUCUUACUUUUUAUAUUUUAAUGUGUAACUUAUUGUAAUGUGUAACUGGUUGGAAUACUAUGAAGUUUCAAAUUGAUUCCUCUGUCAAUGUUAAAAUGCACAUCACUACAUGAUGUUGGUUUUGUCAUAUAAAUGAAGGGUUUAUGGUUGUUAAUUUUGUGUAUGCUGCUGAUAUUGCGAGUAUAUAAUUAUAUUAUCUACAUCAGGAUUAUCUUCAGUGCACCUAACACCAAGUCUGAUAACGUUGAUGAUGAAACAGAAAGUCAAAUGUACUCCAUCUUAUCUGAGCGAGUGAAAAAGGAUUUCAUUUUGCGUGUUUUUCGAACAUAACUAUUUUUGUUGAUUAUUCAUUGUUUUGUCAUUAAUUUUCCCCUUUUAGCUUUGAGGAAAGUAACGAUGAUACAAGUAAUGACGAGGGUGAUGAAUUUGGUAGACAACAGUCAAACAGUUCAUCAGUGGGGUAUAGUAAACUAAGAAAACGUUUUCGAUUUCAUUGUAAUUUUUGAUUUACUAACAUAUGUUCACUUGGAAUAACAUUGUUUGAGAAUGCUCUCAUUUCAAGCAUAUGGUAUUGAAAUACAAGUUAGUAAAGUUUCUACUUCAGUGUCAUGUACAUAGAAACUCAUGCAACUGGCUACAUGAACCUUGUCGCACAAGUAUUUGACAACUUAUUACAGAUACAUGUAAUCAUAAGAAAGCAUGAUGCCUAGUUGUGCAGAACAUGCCAUCUUUCAGCUUGUCAUGUGAUGAAAAUAAAAAUAAAAUUAAUUAAUCUAUUUUAAUUAAUUAAUUAAUUAAUUAAUUUGAUUAAUUAAUUUUUAAUUAAUUAAUUUUUUUUAAUUAAUGUAGUAUUAGAAAUGUGUAUUUUGAGAAGGCCAGGGGCAUAUAGUGGUUGCAUUUUUCACCUACUGUGCUAUCAAUUAUAGUAUUAUAUUUAGGUAUUGCGAGUUUCAUAAUCAACCAAGUUUAAUCCAUUGUCUUUGUGGGUAAAUUAUUAGAAAAAGAAUCAGUAACCCCCCCCCCUAAUUGGAAAGCCCUUGGUACAUUUCCUGGAGAAGGCCCUCUUCGAAAUAAAAAAUAGCGCAUUUUCUUAUCUUUUCAAAACAAAUUUUAUUUCUUGACAGUAGUACAAGUGCAAGGCUGAACAUGGGAAUUUUUAAUGAAAUCGAAUGUAAACAUGUUAAAGAACUGCCAUUCGAUAUUGACAGCUUCUAUCAUUUUCAACUUGAAUGUGAUCCAUCGAAUAUUAUGAAAUCUAGUAAAGAUGGUCAACGUUGGAAAACGUGGUGUACAUCUAAAAGAAAAGAACAUCGUGGAGUGAGGAGAAGAGCAAGGUGUGGGGGAUCAUGGAAAUGUCCCAACGAAGAUUGUUUGUUUCUAAGGAAAGAAGGUUCACCCAACGAGGUCCAGUUUACGAACAAUGAAAGCGGGGAAAAAAGUGUUUUAUCUGCGAAGAAGAGGCUAUUUUUGUGGAGUGCAAAGCUAUAAAAGUUUGGGAGUUUCGUUCAGACAAGAAUCUCGUUGACAUUUACCAUAGUGGAAUGCAUACUUGCCAUACGAUUCCAAAUCGGCGAAAUGUACAUGUAGAGCAAAAGCUAAAAGUUGAUUUCACGAAGCAUUCUUCAUUGAAACCCUCAGAAGUUCAUUGAAACCCUCGGAAGCUGUUGCUAACACACCGGUAUGUGCAUUAAAGGAAGGCAAUACAUGGGAAGAAAUUGAUGUGUUGGCCGAAAGUCUGGCGGACUCCCGUCGCGUACAAGACACAAAAGCGAAAGCAACAAAAUCGUUAGAGAGUCACAGGCACUCUUUCGAUGCGCUUUGUGAAUUCAAGAAGUUCUGUGACGAGAGAGAUCCUUAUUGUUCCAAAUGUGUUCCAAAUUUUAAGCAAACCUUGCAAUGA